AUGAAGAAUUACCCAACUCAUGAUUUGGAAUUAAAAGUACUGAUUUUUGCACUAAAAGUUUGGAGGCAUUACUUAUAUGGUGCAAUGUGUGAGAUAUUCACGGAUCAGAAAAGUUUAAAGUAUAAUUUUGAUCAACGUGAAUUGAACCUUAGACCGAGAAGAUGGAUGGAGUUGAAGUCUCGUGCAUAUAACUACAAUUUGGCGAAGGCCAUCAAUCAGGGAGAUGCAUAUGCUAUACAAUUAGGGUGUCAAAAACACUUGAUGGACGAAAUCCAACAAGGAAAGUUCCAAGACUUUAGUAUUGUCAAUGGAAUCCUAAGUCAUGGCACGAAUUUAUGUGUAGCAGAUGUACAAAAUUUGAGGCAAAAUAUUUUAGAAGAAACCCAUGGAUCGAUGCAUAGUAUUCAUCCAGGUUCUACAAAGAUGUAUCGGGAUGUCAAGGAAACGUAUUGA